CGUAAUCAAUAGCCAUGCAGAUUGUCCGUUUCUCCCCUUAUUUUCUCCCAUAUAAACCCUACCAUUCCCUUCGCCGCUUCACACCACAUCUCCAUCCAUCUACCAAAUACCUAUUUGCAAUCACUUCAAUAUAAUGGCAGCCACACCAACUCGAGUCUGGGCUUUGCUCAGCCUUCUCCUCCUCUUCCAAGGCGGCGCCUUUGGCCGCCGGAGUUUCGCCGGGAGCCGGGACGAGUGCCAGCUCCGGCGGAUCAAGGCCUUCGAGCCCUCCCUCCGCGUCGAGGCGGAGGGCGGGGUGACGGAGGUGUGGGACCCAUUGAACGAGCAGUUCCGGUCCAUAAGAGGGGCAGACCAGCACCAGAAGAUAGGGACGUUUGAGAAAGGGGACAUAAUAGUGUUUCCAGAAGGGGCAGCUCAUUGGGUGGCCAACACUGGAAAAGACGAUGUUGUCCUCAUCGUCAUUCAGGACACCUCCAACUCUGCUAAUCAGCUUGACGCUAACCCCCUCAGAUUUUUCCUCGCCGGUAAUGGGCAGUCGAAAGAGGAGGAGAUGAAAAGCCGCCGGCAGAAGCAUGGGAAGGAAGAGGAAGAGGAGGAGGAGGAAGGCAGCCAACGAUCAGAACAGCAACUCCUGGAGGGGAUGGGCUACGGCGGCGGCAACAUUCUGGGCGGGUUCCGGUCCCGGUACGUCCGAGACUCGUUCCGGACGGACAAGGACACGGCGGAGAAUCUCCAGGGAGCAAAGGACGGGAGGGGCCACAUCGUGCGCCUCGAGGCAGAGGAUCUCCUCUCCAUUCUCGCCGUGCCGUUCUCCUCCCCGGAGGACGACAACGACCGCUCCGCCGCCGGUAACGGCGUGGAGGAGACCAUCUGCACCGCCAGGGUACGGCAGAACAUCGACGACUCCUCACGCGCCGACAUCUCUGACCCACUCGCCGGUUACUUCUUCACCGUCAACAAAUAUACCCUCCCCAUUUUCGGCCUGGUCAAACUAAGCGCUGGCCACGGCUCUCUUAAAAGGAACUGGGGGAUAGUGCCAAAAUGGUGCAUGAACGCGCACAGCUACGUGUACGUGAUGAGCGGCAGUGCGAGAGUUCAGAUCGUGGACAAUCGGGGGGACUCCGUCAUGGAUGACGAGGUCCGGAGGGGGCAGCUGUUCCUCGUGCCUCAGAACUUCGUGGUGGCAAUGGAGGCGGGAGAGGACGGGUUCGAGUGGGUGGAGUUCAACACCAACGACGACGCCAUGUUCAACACGCUUGCGGGGACCACCUCCGUCGUCGCCGGGUUCCCGGCCGGAAUAGUGGCGGCGGCGUACCGGCUGCCCCACCAGAAGGCGGAGGAGCUGAAGCGGGACAUGUUGAACAGUGUCUGGUUCUUCAAGUCCUCUUCUUCAGGAGGAGGAAUGAGAUCAUCGUACCGGUCUAUUCUUCGCUUGGAAUAGAAUUAACCAGUCCGGUAUUUGGUUUCGCGUUUGGUUUAAGGAAAUUUGGAAUAAGAGAGGAUGAGAGAGUGGAUGUGUAGUAUAAUGUGACGUUUCUCGCUAGCUAUGGUCAAGAAAUAAAUUAUGAGAUGAAUAAAUUGUUGUUUUUUGU